UAGAAAGAAAGGAAGAGAGGAUUGCCAACCUAGAAAACAAAGUUACUGAGAGCGCACAGGGCAACUACUACGGGAUUGCAAAGCCAUGCAACUUUUAUAGGAAGCGAGUUCAUGCAAAUAGUGUAAUCUGCCUGACUAGGAAGAGAUCUCGUGGAUUUCUAGAGAUCAGCCAAGCAGAUUUAAUGGGUGAGUUGCCCACACAAAGUUAAUUCAUUGCAACAGAGGGAGGCGAACAGCUGCAAGUUUUACUGUUUGUUAAAGGUGGGAGGGGGAGCACUCGAUUCCCAAGAAGUAUUAUUACAAGUUUUCUAGGAUAUAGGAUAUUAUGAGUGUAUCCCGCCCUCCGGACCAAGGAUACCUUUAGUGCGGUGGGAUUUAAAUGCCUUUGGAAGGAUUUAUUCUGAGAACCCUGGAAGUUGGUGGCUGUUUAUGGUGGCUAUAAUAACCCUUCUAUGUCCUGCACGUUUUGGGAAAGAGAAAGGAAGAGAUCUGCUGCUGUGAAUACUUCCCAGAUUCAUUUUUCCAUCCAUCCAAACAUAUUCUGCUGAUGCAAGGUGCAUGAUCGUGGAUUUUUACUUGAAGUGUUUAAGAGGAUUUAUUCAGGAUUCAUCAAGAAUAAUUUGAAAAUGGCCAAAGUUUGGAGAUCAGAUGGAAAGAUUGGAUGAAGACCAGAACAACGAAAUUCAGCAAUAUCAUAAAAUCACGAUCUGAUGAGCAUAAUGAUGUACAAAAGAAAACUUUUACCAAAUGGAUAAAUGCUCGAUUUUCAAAGGCUGGCAAAGGUCUAGUGAAGGAUUUGUUUGUUGACCUCAAGGAUGGAAAGAAGCUACUGGAUCUGCUAGAAGGUCUCACUGGAACAAAUUUGCCCAAGGAACGUGGAUCGACAAGAGUUCAUGCCUUAAAUAAUGUCAACAGAGUUCUGCAAAUUUUACAUCAAAAUAAUGUGGAAUUGGUAAACAUAGGGGGUACAGACAUUGUUGAUGGAAACCACAAGCUAACAUUAGGGCUAAUAUGGAACAUCAUCCUACACUGGCAGGUGAAAGAUGUUAUGAAGGCAAUCAUGAAAGAUCUACAACAGACAAACAGUGAGAAGAUUCUUCUUAGCUGGGUCAGACAGUCAACAAGACCUUAUAGUGAAGUUAAUGUGCUGAACUUCACCACAAGUUGGGCAGAUGGCUUGGCCUUCAACGCUCUUCUUCACAGGCACAAGUCUGACCUGUUUAGCUGGGAAAAAAUUAUGAAACUGCCCCCACUUGAAAGACUUGACCAUGCAUUCAACUUUGCAAAAAAACACUUGGGAAUUGAAAGAUUACUUGAUGCUGAAGAUGUGGCCGUUCAACUUCCUGACAAAAAAUCUAUUCUCAUGUAUUUAACAUCACUGUUUGAAGUACUUCCUCAUCAAGUCACUUUGGAAGACAUCAACGAGGUUGAAACACUUCCAAGGAGAUACAAGGAUGUGUGUGAGGAGAUGGUUUUCAGUAAACAACAGACCUCUGAUGAACAGUAUGGUUACUCAGGUCCGGAGACCCCCAGCACAGUAACUGAGGCAGAGAUGGACCUAGACAGUUAUCAGGUGGCACUAGAAGACGUGCUCACUUGGCUUCUUCUAGCAGAGGACACAUUUCACGAGCAAGACGAUAUAUCCAAUGAUGUGGAGGACGUUAAACAACAAUUUGCCACUCAUGAGGCCUUCAUGAUGGAGCUUACCGCGCAUCAGAGCAGUGUUGGUAAUGUCCUGCAAGCUGGAAGCCAACUGAUAGCUCAGGGGGACCUAUCUGUAGAAGAAGAGAGUGAGAUACAGGAGCAGAUGACCUUGCUGAAUUCUCGAUGGGAAGAACUACGUAUUCAUUGCAUGGACAGACAAACAAAACUUCAUGAAGUGUUAAUGGAGUUGCAAAAGAAACAACUUGACCAGCUGUCUGAUUGGCUGACUGUUACGGAAGAGCGAAUACGGAAGAUGGAUAUGACGUCCUUUGAAGAUUUUGAAUCAUUUAAGAAACAAAUCGUUGAACACAAAAAAUUGCAAAGUGAUCUUGAGACUGAGCAGGUGAAGGUUAACUCCUUAACUCACAUGGUCGUUAUAGUUGAUGAGAACAGCAGCGAGGGCGCCACAGUUGCAUUGGAAACUCAGCUUCAGCAACUUGGAGAACGCUGGGCAGCUGUGUGUCGCUGGACUGAGGAGCACUGGAGCAAACUGCAGGAGAUUCAGAUCCUCUGGCAACAGCUGUUAGAAGAACAGUGCUUGUUCAAGGCAUGGCUGAAUGAGAAAGAGGAGUCUUUAAGGAAAGUGCAAAGAAGCAACUUCAAGGACCAAUCAGAACUGAGCGCCAGUGUGCGGAGGCUGGCGAGUUUAAAGGAGGAACUUGGAAUGAAACGGCAGACUUUGGACCAACUCCACGAGGUAGCACAGGAUGUGGUUCAGCUUGUUGGGAAUGGCAAGACCUCUAGAAAGCUGAAGAAUGACUUAGAAGAACUAGCGAAAAGAUGGGAUGGCUUGGUGCAUUUGCUCGAGGACUACACAAACCAGGUUACAGAAUCAGUGACCACGCUUGGAGUCACAGAAAUCUCACGCAAAGUUGUAAUUGAAACUGUGACCAUUAAAGAGCAAAACACUAUCCAUAUCUCCAAGCAGGAGAUCUCCAAGCAAGAGCUGCCACCUCCACCACCGCCAAAGAAACGCCAAAUGCACCUUGAUGUUGAAGAGAAGAACAAGUUUGAUGGGGAAUGUGAAGAGUUAUUGAAAUGGAUGAUGAAAAUGAAAACGCUCAUUCAUGCUACAGAGAUCAGUGACUACAGAAAGAUUAGAGAUACCUCAGAACUGAAGGGAACGCUGAAGGCGUUUGAGAAAGAAAGAAAUGAAAGAUACUCGAAAUUUGAAGAACUGGACUUAAAUGGACAACAUAUUUUGGAGCUGUAUAAUCAAGAAGAUCUUCCAGUAGAAGAACUUAUAGAGUCACUGGAGAGAUUAAGGAAAGAAUGGAAAGAGACAAAUCUGCAAAUAGAUGAAUUGAAUAAAGGAAUCCAAUACCAGGAGGCUAUUAACGCAUAUAUCAAAGAGUUAGAGGAGCUGGAACAAAGUAUAACACAGGAAGAGGACUGGGUCACUACCUUGCCUGAGGACACUCCUGCACUUCCUUUAAAAUCUCUAAAGGAAACUAGUCAGCAAAAGUUUACAAAUCUAAAUGGCAUGUCCUCCAGGGUUGAAAGUUUAAAAUCAAAGUCAUUGUCACUUGCUUCCUAUCCUAAUGCUCCAGAAUUUAUCCAAUCCAGUAUGAAUGGCCUCAGUGACAGGUACAACAGAAUAAAAAAUCAAGUGGAACAAAAAUAUCAUCACUUUCAGAAAGCCUUGGAUUACCAGCCCAGCCAAGUUUACCUGGACACACGGCAAACAAUAAAAGAAACAUUGGCAGAAUGUCAGCAUAAAUUGCAGUCCCCUUUAAUUGGUCUCUGUGACCCUAUGACAGUGGAGAGGGCUCUGCAGCAGACAAAGAGUCUUGCACAGACAUUGGAUGGUCAUAAAACAAAUGUCGAUAAACUUUACUCUGAAACGAAACUGCUGGAGAAGCGAGCACCAGAAGAGGUGUCCAGCGUCUACUUAAAUGAGUGUAGGGAUAUCGAGGAGCAGUGGAGUGAAAUAAAAAGUGCCAUGUUUGACCAGCGAUAUAUUUUACAGGACAUUGCCUCUAAACUACAAGCAUUUGAGGCUGAUUCCAAAGUUAUUCAGAAAUGGCUCAGUGGUGCGAAGGAUUUUGUUCUGAACCAGCACACUCCUAUGGAUGAGUCAGAAGGGCUGCAGAGACAGCUGGAGCAAUGCAUGGCCCUUGUCAAUGAAAUGGAAGUUAUUGAAUCUUCUCUAAAAAAGCUGAAUGAAGUGGAUGUGGCAUUGAGAAAUCUACCUGACGCAAUGCUUAAUACUUGGGUGCAGCCCAGACUAGCUGACCAGCAGGCUCAGUGGGAGAGACUCAGUAAGCAGGUCAUUCAUCAAAUGAAUAAAUUGUCUGAAAGUCAAGAGAAAGCUGUAAACUUGAAGAAGGAUUUGGCUGAGAUGCAGGAAUGGAUGACUCAGGCGGAGGAAGAAUAUUUGGAGAAGGAUUUUGAGUACAAGUCGCCUGAAGAGCUUGAAAGUGCGGUGCAGGAAAUGAAAAGAGCAAAAGAGGAUGUUCUGCAGAAGGAGGUGCGUGUGAAGAUACUGAAGGACAAUAUUAAGACGUUGGCUGCCAAGGGAUCUGCUGGGGGCCAGGACCUGACAUCUGAACUGAACGUGGUUUUGGACAACUACCAACUCUUGUGCAAUAGGAUCAGAGGAAAGUGCCACACACUGGAGGAAGUUUGGUCUUGCUGGAUAGAACUGUUGGACUUUCUGAAACUGGAGACUGCUUGGCUAAAUACAUUGGAAGAAAAAUUACAAACUACGUCAAAUCUUCCUGACAAAGCUGAUUCCGUCAGUAAUGCAUUGGAGUCUUUGGAAUCGAUCCUGCGCCACCCUGCAGAUAAUAGAACCCAAAUCCGGGAACUUGGCCAAACUUUGAUUGACGGUGGGAUCCUUGAUGACAUUAUCAGUGAAAAACUAGAAGUUUUUAAUGCUCGAUAUGAGGAACUGAGUCAUUCUGCCGUCAGCCGGCAGAUUUCACUAGAGCAGCACCUGCAGACCCUACGCCGUAGUGACCACAUGCUCCAGGUUUUGCAGGAAUCUCUGGAAGAGCUGGAUAAGCAGCUAACCACGUACCUUACUGACCGCGUCGAUGCUAUGCGCAUGCCCCAGGAAGCUCAGAAAAUCCAAAGUAACAUCAGUGCCCAUGAAGCAACUCUGGAGGAGCUAAAGAGAAAUGCGCGGCCUUCGCUCCCUGCAUCGCCUGAGGGUAAAUCACCACGUGGCGUAUCCCAGCUGGAUGCAGUGCAGAGGAAGCUUCGAGAAGUGUCUACAAAGUUGCAGCUUUUCCAGAAACCUGCCAAUUUUGAACAGAGAAUGUUGGACUGUAAACGCGUUCUAGACAGUGUAAAAGCAGAACUUUCUAUCCUUGAUGUAAAAGAUGUUGAUCCCGAUGUAAUCCAGACUCACCUGGAUGGUUGCAUGAAACUCUACAAGACCCUGAGUGAAGUAAAGUUAGAGGUGGAAACCGUUAUUAAAACAGGACGUCAGAUUGUGCAGAAGCAGCAGACGGACAAUCCCAAACUGAUGGACGAGCAACUGACAGCGUUAAAACUUUUAUAUAACGACCUCGGGGCUCAGGUGACAGAAGGCAAACAAGACUUGGAAAGAGCUAUUCUUCUAGCUGGGAAACUGAAAAAAGAAUCAGCUGCAUUGUCAGAAUGGCUCGGUGCUACUGAAACGGAGUUAGUCCAGAAAACCACUGCUGACAGCUUGAGUUCAGAUCUGGAUGUAGAAAUUGCCUGGGCUAAAAACAUUUUGAAAGAACUGGAGAGGAGAAAAGCGGAUCUGAACAGUGUGACUGAGAGCAGUGCGGCACUGCAGUGCUUGGUGGAGGGUAGUGACACCAUCCUGGAAGAGAAGCUGUGUGUCUUGAAUGCCGGCUGGAGCAGGGUGCGCACAUGGACGGAGGAUUGGUGCAAUACACUGCUGAAUCAUCAGAAUCAGAUGGAGAUAUUCGAUGAGAAUGUAGCUCACAUAAGCACGUGGCUUUACCAGGCCGAGGCAUUGCUUGAUGAAAUUGAGAAAAAGCCUGCAAGCAAAAAGGAGGAAACUGUAAAGCGUCUGCUGUCGGAGUUGGAUGAUGUUAGUCUCAGAGUAGAUAAUAUUCGUGACCAGGCCAUAAUCCUAAUAAAUAGCCGGGGUACUUCUUGUCGGGAACUGGUGGAGCCAAAAUUGGCUGAGCUGAACCGCAACUUUGAAAAGGUUUCCCAGCACAUCAGGGCUGCAAAAAUGUUGGCGAGUCAUGAUCCUGUGUCAUACACUGUUGGACAAUUUGAGGAGCCUGUGACAGCUGAACCCACCUCUGAGGUGCUGGAAGAAUUUGAAGCGGAGUUGUUUACUGUUCAGAAUGCAGUGGAUACACAUUUACAGUCCAAAGAUGAUGACGAAAAGAGUGAAGCAGAAAGGGCCCAUAUAGAAGAAAUCCUGCAGAGGGGAGAACAUCUUCUCCAGCAACCAAUGGAUACCAACAGGAGAGAGAAGCUUCGCUUAGAAUUGCUGCUUUUACAAACCAGAUUCAAUAACAUGAAGGAAUUGCGGUCAAUACGGAGGAGGCAGGAAGUGAAACUGUCCCCGCUAUUAACCCAACCUGAUCAGCAGGAAGACCAAUUCUUUAGCUGGAUGAAUGAGGCAGAGCAUCGUUUGUCUGGGCUCCACGAGGCGGACGAUGAAAAGAAACUUGUGGAACUACUCCAAGAACUCGAGGACCACCGGGAAGAAUUCAUUGCUUUGCAGGAGAAAAGUACCAUCUCUCAGCAAGAUGCACCACACGAAGACGAUGGCUGGAAAGUUAAGGAACGAUGGGAAGACAUUGAGAAGCAGUUUGCUAUUUAUGUGGGAUCACAGAACCAAAGCCCAGAUGUUACAGACCAGCAGCUGGACGAUAGCAGUUAUACAGCAGGGCUCUCUCCUGCCUUACUGCCCUCUGAUUAUCUAGUAGAGAUAAACAAAGCCCUACUCUCCAUAGCAGAUGCCGAACUGUUGCUGAAUGCGCCAGAGCUGAGCAGUGGAGAAUAUGAGAACUUCUCUGUGCAGGAGGAUUCACUAAAGAACAUCAAAGACGUACUUGACGGACUAGGAGAGCAGAUUGCAGCUAUUCACGAGAAACAACCUGACGCCAUCUUGGAAGCAUCAGGAUCUGAGGUUGUGCAGAUUGGAGACUCUUUGACCCAGCUGAAUGCCGAAUGGGAUCGGAUUAACAGAUUAUAUAAUGACCGAAAGAGCCGUUUUGAUCGAGCUCUAGAAGAAUGGCGCCAAUUCCAUUGUGAUCUUAAUGAACUCACUCAGUGGAUAACUGAAGCGGAACGUUUGUUAGCAGAUGCGCAUACACCAGAAGGCACCUUGGAUUUGGAGAGGGCGCAAGCACACCAGCGGGAGCUUGAGGAAGGUUUGAGUAGUUAUCAACUGAGUUUUACUAUACUUAACCAAAGUGGGGAAGGGAUCGUAGAGCACCUGUCGGCUACUGAUGGAGAAUUCCUGAAAGAGAAACUUACUGGACUGAGUAGACGUUGGGCUACAGUUAAAGCUGAAGUACUUGAGCGGCAACAGAGGUUAAAAGAAGAAAGCCAGGCUUUAACUGACUACAGGAAAAAGAUGGAUGAGUUUGUCAUUUGGUUAGAGAAGACGAAAAACGUGACCCGGACAAAACCUGCUUUUGAGAGCGAAGAAAGGCUGCAAGAAUUAAAGGUUGUUUCUAAAGAAAUAGAGAAUCAGAGUGAGCAGGUAGAAUGGCUAAACCGUACUGGGCCCGAGGUGCUCUCCCAGACACGCAAUCCCCAUGAGAGAGAACAACUUGUUGCCAGGCUGAAAACAAUAAAUAUUAACUGGUCUCAGGUGUCAAAAGAAGUGCCUGAGAAAGUAAAGAAUCUGGAGAGUGUUCUCUACUAUCCUAGUUAUACUGCACAGUCUCCAAUAUCCUCGUAUCCUGCAGUCCAAAAAGUGGUGCUGGUUUCUUCUUCUUCUGAAAUCGCUACUCUGCCAAAGCUUGGCAUUGAGUUUCCUGCUUCCUCUGACCUGGAUAAAACUGUGACUGAGUUAGGGGACUGGCUGUUCCUCAUUGACCAGAUGCUCAAGUCAAAUAUUGUCACUGUAGGGGAUGCUGAUGAGAUCAAGAAUACAAUAAAACGCAUGAAGAUAACAAAAGAAGACAUGGAACAGCGUCACCCACAGCUUGAAUCUGUCUUUACAUUGGCUCAGAAUGCAAAAAACAAAACUUCCAGUUUGGAUAUCAGGUCGGCUAUCACAGACAAAUCAGAGAAAUUGAAAAACCAAUGGGACAGUACGCAGCAUGGCGUGGAGGUUCGUCAGCAGUUGCUACAAGAGAUGCUGACUGAUAGCAUUAAAUGGGAUGAUCAAAGGAAGGAGAUACAAAAUAUCUUAGAUCAGAGCGAUUUCCGUCUUUACACCAUGACACAGGCAUCCAGAGAACCACUUGUGAAACAGCUGACAGAGAAUAAGGCGCUGGUGCAAGACCUUCAUAAAGGAGAGAUUAUUAUGGACACAUUUAAUGAACUUUCAAACAAGCUGCUUCGGGAUUAUAAAAGUGACGAUACCCGAAAAGUGAAAGAAACAAGCGAUCAGUUAUACAUGACGUGGGUCAACCUGAACAAAAGGGCUGGAGACCGGCAGAGUGCUCUGGAGAAGGAGCUUAAAACCGUACAGGCCUUGGUCAAAGAGCACGAAAACUUUCAGAAGUGGAUUCAGGAAGCUGAAGCCACCGUAAAUGUACUAAUGGAUGCAUCACAGAGAGAGGGUAUUCAACAGGAUGUGACACGUCUACGCCAACUGAAAAUGCAGCUACAGGACAUUCAAGCUGAAAUUGACGCCCAUAACGAUAUCUUUAAGACCAUUGAUGGAAACAGACAAAAGAUGGUGAAAGCCUUAGGUUCUUCAGAGGAAGCAGCACUUCUACAGCACAGGCUUGAUGAUAUGAAUCUGCGGUGGAAUGAUCUGAAGGCCAAGUCUUCCAAUAUCAGAACUCACUUAGAGGCAAGUGCUGAUAAAUGGAAUAGGUUGUUGAAGUCACUGGAAGACCUCCUGCACUGGUUAGACGUUAGAGAUGAUGAACUGAAAAAACAAAUGCCUGUGGGUGGAGAUGUUCCCACGGUACAGCAACAGAAUGAGUUUUGCAAGGUGCUGAAGCGCGAGUUGAAGGAUAAGGAGCAGGCUGUUCUGAACACCAUAGAACAAGCGCGAGUAUUCAUUUCUGAGCAGCCUAUUGAGGGUCCUGAAGAACCAAGAAGGAACUUGCUGCCGAAAACAGAAUUAACUCCAGAAGAAAAAGCACAGAAAAUUGCUCGAGCCAUGAGGAAGCAAUCUUUAGAAGUGAAAGAGAGAUGGGAGAGCCUGAAUACCCAGGCUGGAAGCUGGCAGCAGCAAGUGGAGAAGGCCUUAGAGAAGUUAAAGGAUCUGCAAAGUGCAAUGGAUAAUCUUGAUGGAAAUUUGGUGGAGGCAGAGAAAGUGCGUGGUAGCUGGAAACCAGUAGGGGAUCUAGUCAUUGAUUCUUUGAAGGAUCACAUUGAAAAGACAACUGCAUUUGGAGAGGAAAUUGCUCCCAUCAGCUUGAAAGUGAAAACUGUGAAUGAUACGGCCAGUCAGCUCUCUGCGCUUGACAUUCAUCCAUCUGCAAAAACAGCUCGCCAGUUGGAUGACCUCAACAUCAGAUGGAAGCUUCUGCAGGCGGCAGUAGAAGAACGACUUAAACAUCUCCAGGAAGCUCACCGGGAUUUUGGACCUGCCUCUCAACACUUCCUGUCUACUUCAGUUCAACUUCCAUGGCAACGAUCGGUGUCCCUUAACAAAGUGCCCUACUACAUUAACUAUUACAGGGAAGAUUACAGCCCACCGCAGUACCCAGGUUUGGGCUCUGAGAGCAGUCAUCAAACACAAACUACAUGUUGGGAUCAUCCAAAAAUGACUGAACUUUUCCAGUCACUAGGGGAUCUAAAUAACGUCCGAUUCUCAGCUUAUCGUACUGCCAUGAAGAUAAGAAGACUUCAGAAAGCGUUGUGCUUGGAUCUGCUGGAGUUGAGCGCCACACAUAGUGUAUUCAAACAACAUGAACUCAAUCAAAACAAUCAACUUUUGUCUGUCCCAGAAGUCAUCAGCGUCCUCACCACCGUCUAUGAUGGCUUAGAAGAAAAACACAAGGAAUUGGUGAACGUCCCUCUCUGCGUAGAUAUGUGCCUAAACUGGCUGCUUAAUGUAUAUGACUCAGGUCGAACUGGUAAACUUCGGGUUCUUUCUCUAAAAAUCGGUCUCAUGUCUUUAUCCAAAGGACUACUUGAGGAAAAAUACAGAUAUCUCUUUAAGGAAGUCUCCAGCGCAGGGGACACGUGUGACCAAAGACAGCUUGGGUUGUUACUUCAUGAUGCCAUCCAGAUCCCACGACAGCUUGGGGAAGUGGCAGCUUUUGGUGGAAGCAACAUAGAGCCAAGCGUCCGCAGCUGUUUCCAACAUGCCCAGAAUAAACCAGAGAUAGAUGUGAAGCAAUUCAUUGAGUGGAUGCGUCUGGAACCUCAGUCGAUGGUCUGGUUGCCGGUGUUGCACAGAGUGGCGGCAGCUGAAACUGCUAAACAUCAAGCCAAGUGCAACAUCUGUAAAGAGUGUCCCAUUGUAGGAUUCAGGUACCGGAGCCUGAAACAUUUUAAUUACGAUGUGUGCCAGAGUUGCUUUUUUUCUGGACGGACGGCGAAGGGUCACAAAUUGCACCAUCCUAUGGUGGAGUAUUGCACACCUACAACAUCAGGAGAAGAUGUCCGAGACUUCACUAAGGUGUUAAAAAAUAAGUUCCGGUCUAAAAAGUAUUUUGACAAGCAUCCCAGACUAGGCUACCUACCUGUUCAGACAGUCCUUGAAGGAGACAAUAUGGAAACCCCUAUAACGCUCAUCAGCAUGUGGCCUGAUCAGUUUGACCCUUUACACUCCCCUGAACUAUUUGACGAUGACACUCAUUCCAGGAUAGAGCAAUAUGCCAGCAGGCUGGCACAAAUGGAGAGAACAAAUGGUUCGUUAUUCACUGACAGCAGCUCUGCCACUGGGAGCAUCGACGAUGAACACGCCCUUAUUCAACAAUACUGUCACACUCUGGGAGGAGAUUCACCAUUAGGACAACCUCAGAGUCCAGCGCAGAUCCUCAGAUCAGUAGAAAAGGAGGAACGAGGAGAGCUUGAACGUAUCAUUGCUGACCUGGAGGAAGAACAAAGGGGACUGAAAAUGGAAUAUGAGCAGCUAAAAGCACAGCACUUGAGUAGGGGAUUAACCCCACCGUCCUCUCCCCCUGAUUCUGUGGUGUCCCUGCAGCAUAGUAGCGAAGAUACGGAACUCAUAGCAGAAGCAAAGCUGCUCAGACAGCAUAAGGGACGCCUGGAGGCCAGAAUGCAGAUAUUGGAAGACCACAACAAACAGCUGGAGUCACAGCUUCAGCGAUUACGCCAGUUAUUGGAGCAGCCUGAAUCGGAGUCCAGGGUUAAUGGAGUCUCCGUGUCUGUAUCACCACAGCCUCCUGCCCCAAGAUACUCGCCUAAUCAGGAUUAUAUCUUGCAGUUUCAGCAGUCUGAUGGCAUUCUGUCCCCACAUCAUAGCACCAGCACAGACCUUACAGAUGUAAUGGAACAAAUCAACAGCACAUUUCCACUAAACAGCUCAAGCCUUUCUGGAACUCAGCAGGCGAUGUGAAAUUAUCAUGAAAUCAACUGCCAUUGGCACAAAGGCCCUUCCUAACACAGCCAAUAAUAGAUUCUAUCGUUGACAAGGCUGCCAGCUAUUGCCAGGCAUCUUUACUACAUGUGUUAUACUGAAGGAGUGCAAAAUUGAAUACCCAAAGAAGAAGAUGUUGUGUUUUUACAUUCUUUUAUGUUCUAUAUUUUACUUCCCUUUCUAUGCAACUGUAAAUUAAUGUCCUGUGAAGUAUUUGAAAAUAGGUAUACAUAUGUAAUUUGUAUAAAUAAAUGUAUACAUUACUAUAACUGGGGAAGGGAGCUUUUUGCUUUUUUAUCCUUUUUGAUAAUAGAAAAAAGUUACAUCAGCUUAUAUGUUACAGUACACAUCUCUUAAUAAUGACUAACUCAAUGCAUCAACAUUACUUUCUACAAGCUGUCCUCUAAUAAGAAUGUUUGAUUGGGUGUUAUUUUUGUGUCACCAAAAAACUUGCAUGGAAUCCAUUUUAUAUCAUCACCAGUUCGUGUUUUGUUUACCUCACUUCUAGAGUUUAAAUUACUGAGACAGCUUGUCGCAACAGUCAAUAAAACAUUGUGAUCUGUACAUGUGUUUAUACCAGGACAAACAUAAUAUCCGAAUCAAAGUUACUUGAUUUUGUAUUUUGAGAAAAAAAUUCUUAUUAUUUUGGCUUGUUUCAACUCGUAUUGACUUUCUCUAAAUCCUUCUGUAAGAUGUCUGGUGGGUUUGAGCUAAUUGUACUACAAACACACACUUUGAAGUAUUACCUCUUUCAGUAUAUGUGACCCACAAACCUGGACAUCCUUUCCUUUUUUCUUUUCUUUUCAAUGGCUGGUAUGGUUAUUGAAAUGUUUAUGCACUGAAGUAAACAAGACUAAUGUGUUACUAUAUUUUUCUUGGCAUUAUUCAUAUGUAAAGAGAGACAUACCCAGCUGUGUAUUCAUAAUACCACAUUUAGAACGCCUCAGGUUCUAUCAAACACAGUGCAGUUGGAAUGUUAAUGUGAGAUAAUCAUUUCUGAAUGCUCUGCCUAUAUGAGCAAGAUGUUCAACAGGAGGAACGUAUCUUAUUGAAGAGUUAUUCAGGUUUCAUUAAUGUGUAUAUAAAAGACAUUUUGAUUAACUGUUGAACAAAGACAGCCAGUCCUAAUGUGUCCUCAAUUAUAUGAAAGUGAAGAAGGAAUAAGUAACAGGGUCACCUGCACUUGGCCUUUAUAUCCUCUGAUUGCAGCUACGAUGACUUACCAAGUGCAAUCACUAUUUUUUUUUUUUUUUCGAAUAGACUUUAAAAUGAAGUGUAAAUGCUAUUUUGUCUGAAAAGCUAGAACAGCUGAAGUUGAAGUAUUUAAAAUUCCCUUAUGUUUAUAUGUUCAGAAAUCUUUAUUUAAAUAUAAGAAAGACUAUACACCUAUAUGAAACCGGUUUACAACCCCUUUACUGGCUUAUUUUAUUUGAUUAAAGUUAUAAACAUAAUAUAGUGCCUACUGAUUGCUAAACCUCUUAGGAAGUCUGAGAUUUUCUUUUCUUUUUCUUUUUUUUUCUACUUUAAGAGUCUCAGUAAUAAAAUAAAUAUUUUCAUAAAUCCACAACUUGGUGGAACCUUUUUUAUCUCACCUAUAUUUAGGAUUCGACAGUGGGUGAAGAAUUAGCAGAACCUUAAAAAAACCUAUUUAAUUUUGUUUAAAUUUACUUCCGACAGAAUGCUAAAAAAAAUUGUGUAUUUUUUAUAGUGGUCAUCAGCAAAUUUACAUUAAAUUAUAAUGCUCUUAAAAGGGACAUUACAUAUCUCUUUCCUUUGUGUAAGCAUUGUGCAUUUCCUUAUUCCAUAUAGAAGCCAAAAAGCAAAUUCUGUAGCUGUUUUGGCAUUUUGCAGCGUUUUGAAAACCUGGUUACAGAUUUAGCUUUUUUGCCUCUCUAGGGAGUGAAGAUACAACACCAUUUUUUACACAAAACAUGUGCUGGUUAAUGUCCCCUUUAAUUUUGUAUUAUACAGGAUUCAGUAAUUUCUCCAAUAUGUCAAGUUUUUAUUAACCUUUAAGGGUAUGUUACAAUAUCCAGUCACAUUUCUGUAUCAACGUUGUUAAAUGUCUGUGUAGCAACAUACACCAAUGGUGCCAUGGGAAAAAAAGGGCCUUAUUAGAAUCUGUUCAAAAUAUAAUGGUUGCAAUAUUGUCAGUUAUAUUGUAAAAAUGUGUACGGCAAUGGAAUUUUAUUUCCAAUAUAAAAAAAAAUGGACACUGUAUGAUAUGCACUGCUACAUUUAAAAUGAAUUGUAAUUUCCAUUUAAUAUAUUUAAAAAAAAAAGAUACGUGUGUUAUCCCAUACUUUUGAAUGGAGUGAAAACAGAUCCUGUAUGAGAUGCCAAAUUUGUAAAGAGAUUUUGUAAUCAACAAUCUGAAAAUGAAUGUGAUAUUUGACUUGUUUUAUGUUUUUUGAUACUGGGAAUCAUUGAAGACAAUGGGGCCAAUUUAUCAUAGUGCAAGCAGACAUGAUACGAUGUAUCGUAUCAUGUCCGCCGCACAUCGAUAAAUGCAGACAGCAUACGCUGUUGGCAUUUAUCAUUGCACAAGCAGUUCUUGUAAACUGCUUGUGCAAUGCCGCCCCCUGCAGGCCGCUAGCAGGGGAUGUCAAUCAACCCGAUCAUAUUCGAUCAGGUUGAUUUCUGUUCGCUGCCGAGCAGGCGGACCAGUUAUGGAGCAGCGGUCUUUAGACCUGCUUCAUAACUUCUGUUUCCGACGAACCUGAAGGCUUGCGCGGAAACGGGCAUCAAGCUCCAUUCAGAGCUUGAUAAUUCAGCCCCAAUAAGUCGCGUAAAAACCCAACAUUUUAUUUUAUGAUUUAGCUAAAUUAUACAGUUUUAAACAAUUUUCCAGCUUCUAUUAUAAAUUUUGCUUCAUUCUUUGUAUAUCCUUUGUUGUAAAAAAUACCUACGUAGGCUCAGGAGCAGCAACUGGGAGCUAGCUGCACAUACAUUCUUCGUGUGAAUAGCAGUAGUGCAUUAUAAUGCUCCUUUAAAGCAAAUUUAAUAAUAGAAGUCAAUUGAAAAGUUGUUAAUAUUUUUAUUCUUUAUCUGGAUAGUGACAGAUAUUUUCUGGGCUUCAUGACCUUUUAAAGGGACACUAAACCCAAGUUUUUCUUUAAUGAUUCAGAUAGAGCAUGCAAUUUUCUAAUUCACUCCUAUUAUCACAUUUUCUUUGUUCUCUUGCUAUCUUUAUUUAAAAAGCAGGAAUUUAAAGCUUAAGAGCCAGCCCAUUUUUGGUUCAGAAUCUGGGUUAUGCUUGCUUAUUGGUUUGCUAAAUGUAGCCACCAAUAAACAAGCGCUACCUAAAUGUGCUGAACCUAAAAUGGUCUGGCUCUUAAUCUUUAAAUUCCUGCUUUUUAAAUAGAUGGCAAGAAAACGAAGACAAAUUGAUAAUAGGAGUAAAUUAGAAAGUUGCUUAAAAUUGCAUGUUCUAUCUGAAUCAUGAAAGAAAAAUGUUAGGUUUAGUAUCCCUUUAAAUGAAGAUUUAUUUCCAAACAUAUUAUACGUUUUGCCCCUUUUUUAAGUUAAAGGAACAUAAAACACAUUUUUUUCUUUCAUGAUUCAGAUAGAGCAUAACAACCUUCAAAUUUGCUUCUAAUAUCUCAUUCUCUUUAUAUUCUGUGUUGAAGGAGCAGCACUGCACUACUGGGAGCUAGCUGAACACAUCUGGCGAGGCAAUGACAAGAGGCUUACAUGUGCAGCCACCAAUCAGCAGUUAUUUCCCAGUAGUGCUUAGCUAGGUAUGCUUUUCAACAAAGAUAACAAGAGGACAAAGAAAAUUAGAUAAAAUAAGUAAAUUGGAAAUUUGUUUCAAAUUGAAUGCUCUAUUUGAAUAAUGAAUUAACAGUUUUAGGUUUCAUGUCCCUUUAAAGGAAUAGUCUAGUCAAAAUUUAACUUUCAUGAUUCAGAUAGAGCAGUCGAUUGUAAGCAACUUUCUAAUUUACUCCUAUUAUAAAUUUUUCUUCGUUCUCUUGGUAUCUUUAUUUGACAAAGCAAGAAUGUAAACUUAUGAGCCGGCCCAAUUUUGGUUCAGCACCUGGGUAGCACUUUAGCACAAUCUAUUAUAAUUGCCAAGUAUUUACUUUUGUAUCUCUUGUCUGAAAAUGAAAGGCUUAUAUUUUUAAAACUUUAUGGGGAGGGAUUUAUGUGUCUGAUUAGAUACAUGAAGGCUAAGAGCACUGUAUUUUUCUUUGCAAUGGAAAUGCACUUAGUCAUAUAAUUGUUUGGAGAAGAAGAAAAAGAGAUUUUUUUUACAGAAGCUGAAGCCACAAUCACUUGUCUACCUCAGACCCAUCUAACAUUAGUGGUAGCAUUUAGAAAUUGCUUCCUCUAAUUUCGACACAGUUAUAGUUUGUAUCCUGUUAUUGGAAAAAAAGGGUGCACAAUGUCAGGUUAUCUGAAAUACAGGUACCUUAUGAUUAUUUGUGAUUGAAUUUAUUGCCCUGCACUAGUUUUUGUAAUCCUCUCUCUUUUCUGCAUCCUUGUUAAAUCUGUAUAAAGUUCUGUAUCAAAAUAAUACUUUUCUGUGUGACGGUGAAGUGUGUGUCAAAAAAAUAAAUAAAUAUAUGUAUAUAUAUAUAUACACAUUUAUUUAUAUAUAUAUGUACAGCAUAUACACAUUGAGAUAUAUAUAUGUGAAUGUGUGUAUAUAUAUAUAUAUAUAUAUAAAUGGAAAGAUAGAUCCGCACUCACUAAGUGAGAGUGCUUAUCCUCCUGCUACGUUGGAUAUAUAUAUAUAAAUACACGUGUGUGUGUAUGUAUAUAUAUAUAUAUAUAUAACAAUUUUGUGAUCAUACAUGCGCACACACACACACACAUAUAUAUAUAUAUACACACAUACAUACAUACACACACAUAUUUAUGUAUAUAUGCAGUACAAUGUUGUUCCACACAAGUGUGUUAACAUUCACACUGCCAACUGCUGUGGCAGCAUACUGGAGCAGUCUGUUGUUUUUCUCAAUAAACUGUCUUUUUAACACUAAA